CUACACCGCACCCAGUUUCGGCUUACUCAGUGAGUGAGCUGCUGCAAUUGGUUGAACUUACAGUUGGAUGGAGAUGACGUUUCUCACUCUAUAUAUCUCAGGAUGCAGUAUAAAUGCGGCCAUGACCCAGCUCUUUCACUGUCCAUCAAUAGUCAACCAAUUGAUCUCUUAAGUCUUUAAGUCUUUCAUCUCCGAAAACCUCAACAAUGGCCCAACCCAUCACCGUCUACAUGCACGGCCGCAGCCCCAACCCUUGGAAAGUCGUCAUGAUUCUCGAGGAGCUCAGCCUCCCCUACACCGUGAAAAGCGUCCCAUACGACAAGAUCAAAUCUGAGCCCUUCAUCAGUGUCAACCCCAAUGGUCGACUCCCUGCCAUCGAAGACCCAAACACCGGCAUCACGCUCUGGGAGUCCGGCGCCAUUGUCGAAUACCUGGUCGAGACCUACGACAAGGACCACAAGAUCAGCUUCACUGCUGGAACCACCGACUACUUCCUCGCGAAGCAGUACCUGCACUUCCAGAUGAGCGGACAGGGCCCGUACUUUGGGCAGGCGGUUUGGUUCCUCAAGUUCCAUUCCGAGACUGUGGUGUCUGCCCAGGAGCGGUACAUCAAUGAAAUAAAGCGGGUGACUGGUGUCCUAGAGGGUAUCCUGAAGGGCAAGGAGUUCCUUGUGGGUGGCAAGCUCAGUUAUGCGGAUGUGGCGUUUUUGCCUUGGUACAGUCUUGUUGAGUCGCCUUUGUUCGGGGGCAAGGUUGAUCUUGCAAAGGACUAUCCAAGUGUCAAAGCUUGGUUGGACAGGACCCAGGCCAGCAAUGGCGUUGCGAAGGCGUUGAAAUACCAGGAAGAGCUUGUCGCUGCUGAGGAACAGAAUCAGUGAUGCAUGUCUGAUAGUUCGGUAUAGCUUUAUAUAUUUAUAUCUACUUCAUAGCCCUAUAAAGCAGACUGCCAGCCUUGUAACUUCCCAAAGAAUCACUAGCUUAAAUUGCCGGUAGUGCCUGCCGGCUGUAACUAAUAUGUCGCCCCUUUCUUGUCUGAAUUGUUGAUCUUAGCUUCCCUCCCAGGCUUCGUUAUACAAGAAAAGAACCAUCGUAGGCCAGAGGCUACUGGUAGCACUUUACUUAUAAGGUAUCUUGUAUUC